CGAACGGGGAGACGUAGAGGGAAGAGCUUGCAUAUACUUGCAUCAACGGUUGGCGUGGGCGUUGGAGCGCAUCGGUGGUGGUGUUCGGCGCAGGCGAGGCAGAAUUUGGACCACCCUGUAGCGGAGGAGUGAGGUAGGUUAGUGAAUCGACGGGUGCUAUCUGGAUGCACGGAACGUGCAGACGGCCAGUACGGAACAACAUGUCCGAGUCAGCGAAACAGAGACACUUUAAGCAAAGCUGGCGAAUCAGCUUCGCGGCCGGCACUUAAAGUGCGCUUUCCACGCACGAGGUGCAGUUUCUCCAUCGUGCACGCGAUAUCAGAGUUCAACGACGCUGGGCUCCGCCGACGGCCCUAAACGGCCCAUUUUCGUAGGAACUGGAGACGGAGCGGCUAAGCCAGCCGAAUAAAAGUGUCUGCGCGUGUGUUGGGAAACGUUAAGAUCGCGAAACGUGUGCGCGCGUCUAGACGCUGACGAUCCUCGAGCUGACUAAGAACAACUCGCCGAAUUCAAAUAUUCGCCCUCUCGGAUUUCCAGGCUCCCUGGUUUGCCGUUUUAUAUUUUUCUGCGUGCGUGUGUAUUUGUUUCUUUUCUUUUUUUUUUUUUUUUUUGUUUUAACGAGGAAACUCGCCAAGUAUCGGGAACAGCUCGCGAAAGAACGAACGGAACUCGUGCUCCGAACCAUCGAGCACUCGUUAUUUGUUGAAAUAAUAGAAAUCAUUUCUUUCCGCAACUCAACGAACGUGAAUUUGGUUUUAGAUAUAAAGAAGGCUUACGUAAUCCUUGCAUAGCAGUUGGAUCCAUCUUUUGCGCGAUCGACACGAUAUCGAACGCGGUGAAAAUUAUCGGAUGCCAGAUAACCCUUUUUACCAGCUAGUUCUUAUCGUUUAUCGAAUGGUACUUAAAGUGCGAUAUCCAUCCAAGUGCAGUUUCUGUAUUGUGCGCAAGGGGCGAAGAUUACCACGGCAGAAUUUUCGCGGUGUUCGAUUUUAGUCGAAUUUUUCGGCAGCCAGCGACUCUCGGCGCGAUCGAACGUUGUUUUCGACGACGUUUCGAAAGUGAAUAACCCGUAACAAUUCGUUUGCCGCGCGAGUGCAACCGAUAAACGUAUCUGACGCAUAAAUCAACCUUUACAUUGAAAACACCGACUUCUGUGUGUUGGAGGAACGAAAACAAGUCGCGGCGGGAAUCUCGAAAGACGAAGUGCGCCGCGUCUUCGGGUUUUAAUUGUUGGUAUCGCGUGGACGGGAUCGAUGGAUUACGGUUAACGCGUUCCAGUGCAUUUCGAAGUGUUCGAGUACACCGUCGACGAAUUUGAUCCCUUUUCGCGGAAAAAGGGCACGCGUAUCGAUAACACGUGCCCAAAGCAAGAGAACGUGGAGUUUUACGCGCAGUGGGACGUCCUGUUUUGGCCGACGAUCAGCCAGAAGUUCGCAGCUGUGUACACAUCGAGAGAACCCGGUAACCGAGAGCAAAUUUCGCUGGAAAGCAGCCAUCGCGAGACGAUCAUCGUUGGGGCGAUCGUCGAAGGCGAAAUCGGCUCGUGGAAAAAGAGAGCAACGACGGAGGAAGUAAAAGCGAGGACUUGCCGUCGACAACAGACUGAAUUCUCGCACCAGCCAAGGCACAAGCGUGCACGUGUGUUGUGCGUUCCCGUGCCCUAACCCUGUCUCAGCACGAGGGAAUAGUCGUUUCUCCGCGGUCCCAUCCCUACUCCGCCAGAAUCGCCGCCGUUGCCGCCACCGUUAUCGCCACCGCCAUCGCCACCGUCACCGUCGCUGCCGUCGGCUCGCCAUCCCUCCGACGCUCGCGAAGAAGCGCCGCCACAGCCGACGUAACGACGCCGGCGACAACGACGACGACGACAGCGACGACGACGACGACGACGACGACGACGAGGAGUAGGAGGGGGACGAGGACGAGAACGACAACGACGACCACCACGACGAGGACCAACGGGCCCCCGUUAUCGGCCCUCGACCACUUUGGCGGUUUCUGGCGCACGCUACGUCACGCGUGACGUCGCUCCCGGCGCGCACGUUAAAGCAGCGGUGUGCACACACGCUACCUUUCCCUUCUCGCGCCAACACCGCGAACUCGACUCGCGUUCGAGGCGCGCGCUGAACAACAGAGAAACACCGGACGGAAGAACGACGAACGGAACCGAGAGGGGAAGAUCGGAAAAGCCGGUCAUCCAAAGGAAAAGAGAAGACCGCCGCCAGGAGGAAAAGGAGGAGGAGGCGGAGGACGACGACGACGACGACGAGAACGAGGACGACAACGGCGACGACGACGACGACGACGAGGACGGAGGAAGGCCGGUGGCGGAGGGGGUGGAUAUCCACGCGGGAACACGAGGCAGGCGCACCCGGCCGGCACGCACACACACAUAUUCUAAGAUGUGAUUUCAAAAAUGGCGGAUUGCCCCUAUGCCCGCUGCAUACAGGAACGCAGACACAUCCGACGGGAGCUGCUGCGAUGGACAAAGAAUAUGGUCUUCGUAGUCGGUCUGGAACGGGUAGCGGAGGAGUUAAUGGGCCGUAGGAGAUGGAAGCAAUAUCAGGACACCCUGUACAGCGGUACUCGCAGCAGCGAAUCACUGACGACACAGCCCCACCACCGGCUCUACUCGGCGUUCUCGUCGUCCUGCGACCCGGUACCCGGGAACUUGGAACAAAUUGGGCUGCGUACGCUACAUCCUGCGUCCUCCUCGUUACCCACAACGAUAACGACGACAACGACCACGGCGUCGGCUGCACGAACGACGACGACAACACCGCCAACGACGGCGACGACGACGACGACGACGACGACGGGUCUGGUCAAACAGGACAGCUUGCAGAGGCAUCCUCUGCAGAACCAUCAUCACCUUCAGUCCUCGGCCCAGGAUCACCACCGACACUACCAGCAGCAACAGCAGCAGCAGCAGCAAGACGAUCCUCGCCGCCUCAGGCCCGAGGAGGUAAAGGUCGAGGUCGGCGAAGACGAGUACGCGAACGGCGUCGCGCGAGAGGAAUCGACAACGAAAGCAACGGACUCGUCGACACCGACCACGGUAACGGCGGCAACGACGGCGACAACGGGAACGAGCAUCGUUACCACCAUCAGCACCACCGCCACCGGCACGAUAGCGACGAUCGCGUCGGCGAACACCACGGCUACCAUGACCACGGGAACGACCACGAUUCCGACCAGGCGAAGACGCAAACGCCGGCAGAACGACGGGGACGGUGCCACGGACGACAGAGAGGACGACGAAGAAAACGAGGAGGAAGAGGACGGACGGGGGCAGAGCGAGGCGGAGAAGCGGCUCAAGCUCGACCAGGAUGCCGACAGGCCCAUCAGCCCUCUCAGAAUCGACAAGGAUCGAGCUGCUCGGGAUUAUCCGACUGCCAACGCUACCGACACGGAAGGGACCAAGGAACGAACGGAAGAAGUCGCGUUGGAUCGGACGCAGCCGGUGACGCAGGGCCUGCUGAGAGUAAAGAAAGAGGAGGAGCUCCAAGAAGUGCCAGGUUCUGGAGGCGGCCCGACGAUAUUGACGACACCGUCGGUAGAUUCGGAUGGGACCAGGUCAGGGUUGCCGUGUCGGGAGGUUGAAGCGGCGGCUAGGAACGCGGUGGCGCCGUUUCUUAUUGGAGGCCGACGCACCAGUCCACCGCCGGAAGACUGGAAGCCAUUAGACAAGUGUUACUUUUGUCUGGAUGGCAAGCUACCGCACGAUGAUCAACCGCCCCUCAGUCCGCAGAGCGACAGCAGCAGCAGCUCGCGAUCGGCCGAGUCACCGAUGUCGGUCCAGGUGGAUCCAAUGGCGGCUUCCGUGGUCGCCGCGGCUCUCAGCGGUACCUACCCCACCUUGCUGCCCCAGUGGUGUCUGCCACCAAGGGAGGCGCGUCUCGUUGGGGUACAGGCUCAUCAGGACAGUGCAACGCCGGUCGACCAACCGCUCGACCUCUCGGCCAAACCCAAAAAUUCUCAGGACAACAACAUAUCUCUAUUGGAGCAACAGAAAAUACCUCUAAGGAUGCCCGCAGGUAUCGACCCCAAGAGUAUCUUUAAUUCGUGUUAUCGCGCGAAACCGCGUAUGACCGGGCCAGUGUCGACUGUGGCGGCGGCAGCAGCUGCAGCAGGCGUCGGUGGUGUCCCCGUGGUGGGUGCGGGGGGUGGUCGGAGGACCUACACCGAGGAGGAGCUCCAAGCCGCCCUUAGAGAUAUCCAGAGCGGCAAGCUCGGUACACGAAGGGCGGCAGUGAUCUACGGAAUACCGCGUAGCACCCUGCGCAACAAGGUCUACAAGCUUGCGAUGGAGCGCGAAAGGGAUGCGUCCCUGACUAGCACCCACUCACACCCUCACGAGCCCGGCGCCCCAGCCACGACCACCACCACCAUCACCACCACCACCACCACUACUACUACUACUACUACUACUACAACACCACCAAAUACGACCCAAAACGCCUCCGCGACCACUCCGCCCCCGCAAGUGGACGAGGUGGACGACAAGGAACUAUCCGGAGCCGAAGAGGAGAAAGAAGUCGAGAAAGCCUUGCUGAAGCCGUUGUUGUCUUUGGAAGAUCUCGUCAGGUUCUCCGCUCUCGAAGGAGGCGGCGGGGAUUCCCUGAGAACUUUGCUUCAACGGGGACAGGAAACGGGUGCCGAGUGGCCGGGUCUCGAACACGCGAAUAUCGGUCCGUACAUACAGAAGAUGCUUGCAGCGGCCGCGCCAUUCAAAGGUAUGGAGACGCAAGACUAUCGCAUUCCAGAAGUGAUGAGGAGGCUGAUGAGCGAAGACAAGAGGCUAAACAAGAGCGUAAACGGGGACCAGUCGCAACCGCACCAUCAUCAGUUUCAUCAUCAACAAUCCCACUCGACGCACUCUCAAGCGCAGACGCAAGCGCAACAGCAACAACAACGCGGCCCGAUCACCAACGACGACUUCAAUCCCAACAUCGAGGAGGAGGCGAGCGACAGUGGUCAAGGCAGAGCGAUUCUGAAGAUUCCGUCCUACAAGCCAGCGAGCACCCCGGGAUGCUCCAGCAAGAACGGCGAGCCAACUUCCGCCGCUUUCGCGCAGGGUUUCGCGGCCGCUGCCUCGAGUCCGGGUCUCCUGGAACGGGCCAGCCCCGCGUUCUCGGGCACCAGCAGCCCCACAAACUCCCUCGUGGGGAAAACGGGGGCCGUAAACUUCCGCGACGUGAUAGCGAAGAGCAUCAGCGUGAAAUUCCAAGAAGGUCAGCCGGUCACCGCGGCAGGAAUCGCCGGAUGUCAGACAGCCGGGGUGGUGCAGUCGCAGCAGACGAUGAUGACGGACCCGAGUCCGUUCAAGAGGGGUCGGUACACGCCGCCGCAGCCGACGACGCAACAGGCGCAAUCGCAGCCGAAGCCGCAGUCUCAAGAAGCGAACAAACCGAAACAAGCUACCGGUGGCAAAGGGACAAGACCGAAACGCGGCAAGUACAGAAAUUACGACAGGGACAGUCUCGUCGAGGCUGUACGGGCUGUUCAGCGAGGCGAGAUGAGCGUGCAUCGCGCAGGCAGCUAUUACGGAGUGCCACACUCCACCCUCGAGUACAAAGUUAAGGAACGGCAUCUCAUGAGGCCGAGGAAGAGGGACCAGAAGCAGCCGGACGAUAAGGCGAAAGAGACCGCGGCCGUGGUAGCGGCAGCGGCUGCAGCCAAUAUGCGACCGGGUACAGCCGACAAGAAGCCGCAGUUGAAGCCACAGAAACCGUUCACACCUCCUGGCGGUAUUCCAGGACCCAACGGACUCAAGAUGCCGCCGUUCAUGGAAGGCAUGCCACAUUUGCCGUUCGCGCCGUUCAACUUUUGGAAUCCGACGCCGUUCAUGCCGUCGCCGUUCAUCACCGGGGCGCCGAACGUUCCGACUAUCCUACCGGAACAGUACUUUGCUACGAGUAGGAUACGCGGGUUGCAGGAACAACAGAGGAACGCGGCUAUGGUGCAGCAACAUCAGCAGAGGGACAGAGACGGAAUCGGCGCAGCCGCUACCACGGCGGAGUCGCCGGGAACGUCGAAUUCUCGCGGGACACCGAUGACGAAGGCGCCGCGAGAGGUGACGGAGAGCCUGUACGACGGCUCGGGGGCGAACGGCAGUUUCCUGGACAAUUUGAUCAGGUCGAGCCUCGAGACGGGAAUUCCAAGGGACCAGAGGGCGAUGGCGGAGGGAAGGAACCAGCAACAGUCUUCCUCGCAACAGCAACAGCUCCCUGAAUCGAUGAGGAGCAAAGCGUUGAUCGACCAGCUGUGCAGGAAUUCGAGGAGAACGCCAGUUCCACGGCUUGCUCAGGACAGCAGCGAGGACGAGAGUUACAGGGGACCAUCGGCCGCGGGAAGAUCAGUCCCGGAGAGACCGGAACGCGUGCCCACCGUCGACCUCAGCCCGUCGCCGUCGGAACGCGGUCGCACCGAUGACGGCAGCGAUCGUCUCACCUCGCCGCCUACGCCGCUUUCGAUAUCGAGGACCGGCAGCAGGGACGAGGACAGCAUCUCGAGAAUCGAUCGUAGCAGCAGGGAGCGCGAGGUCCAUAACGGUGGACAGGAGGAUCGCGAUAGAAAGACUUUGACCGUUCAGCAGUCGCCGCAGCAGCAGCAGCAGCUGAAUCACUACCCGGACUUACUCUACGCCGUAUCAACUGACAAAAAAAGUGCCUGUGAUAGUAAGCUUAUAGUAGAUCAUUCGAGCCAGAAGACUCAGCAGCAACAGCAGCAACAGUCGUCGCCGCCGCAGCAGCAGCAGCCGCCGCCGCAACAGCAACAGAAGGAGUACGCCGCCGUGAGCGGACUGGUCGUGCAACUGCAGCGGGGCUACAAUUCCGGGAACAGCAGGUCCGGUGAGCAAACCAACAGCCAACAGUCGGCGGAUCAACGCGGUCCAGCGAUCAGUAUGGAAGACUCCGUUGAGCAGUAGAGAAAAGUCGGUAUCGUUGGUAUCAGUAAAGUAUAGAGUUAACGAGAAAUACGGAGAAUACGAUCCGUAUACGGUAAGCCAUUCCCGCCCAAUGCUAUGGCAUUUCACGCACCGACGCGACGAGGCGCGUCCUCCUCGCGCGGCACGAGCGCGGCUAUGCUCGCCCUCUCGCCUCCUCCUCGUUCAAUUUCGCACGCUCCUCGCUUUUCUUCUUUUCCAUUGGGCGUGCAACGAAUAGUCCGGCGUUCAGCUCGCGAUCGAACAACCGGAUAUCGAGCACACGACACUUGGUCGGUUUGGCUAUGAAAGCAAACGCGACCGUUUCGAGGUAGAGGGGCGUGAACGGCGAGCACCCUCUCCGCUGGCUGCGCGGGGCGAGGAACGAUUCAAUAACGCGAAACGUGGCACGAAUAACGGUAGCAGCCCCCAGAUAGCCUGACCCUGUCCUUUCCAUCCGGAAGCCCCCUUGUUGAACGUCGCGAGGCAAGUUCAAAACAGGAAACAAACGGGAACGAAGAAAAACGUGUAACGAAAACGCGUAAGCGCUACCCAACCAACCAACCACCCGUCAACCCACUGCGAUUCCAUCAGUUAUACGUAUCCGGCAGUCGACCACCGUCCAGCUGACGGUAGGUCGUACCGGAAAGAAACCCUUUCGACUAUGGCGAUAUUUCGAUUCGACGAAAACGCAAGAAAACGGAUACAAGGCACGAAGCGAUGUUAUUGUACCGAACACUCACGCGACACGCUCACACCUAUACGUACACCUACACAUGGGACAGAGACACGUUGGUAGACGUACACGCUCGUUCGGCGAGAACACUUUCACACGUUACACGAUUACACGGACGCCUCUAAUCAUUCUCGGAUAGGCAGAUGUGCCGUUGAGCGCACGCGCCGCGGUCCUCUGCUACGUUAUCCAGGCGAAGAAAACGACAAACGGUGAACACGUUAAAAAAAAAAAAGGAGAACAACAACAACAAAAAAUAACAACAACAAAAAAACGAGCAAGCACGCGAACAGUCCGCGCGUGCCCGCGUUUCCGUAGGAAAAUAUACGCGUUGGGUAGGAGCGCGCGCUGAAAUUUCCGCGAGAGGGUUGCCCGGCCGACUACGCGCGCGGAAACGUCGGCCGCCUAUAGACUUCUCCGAGGACACGAGGACAAAACAAAUGCCGACGCAACAAAAAAAAAAAGAAACAAACAAACAAACAUAAACAACAACAACAACAACAACAUCAACAACAACGUAUUUUUUCCUCUAUCGAUGUAAAACUACCUAAAAUGCAAACUUAUUACCUACACUACUAACAUUACUUAACUCGUAAGGAGCAACAUAAUUAUAUAAGGAAUGAUAUAUUAUAUAUAUAUAUACAUAUAUAUUUUUGGUCAUUACGAACGUAAAUGCGAAACGAGAACGAGGCCAAGACUUUUGUUGGCGCGCGUAAUAGGUGACGUUUUUUCAUAAGGCGACAAUAUUUCUCUAAUCUCGGUUAUUUCAAGGCUGGCGUUCGAUAGAAACGCGUCCUUCGUCGCAAACGGAUCGCGCACGUAGGAGGGACAUUAAAGGGAGGAAGGAAGGUUGGAGCUAUUUAGGAAGACGGGAGGGGGGGGGGAAGGAGAUCUUCGUCGAUGAGAGGACACGCGUUCGAGAUUUCUUCUCGGCGCAUGAAUUUUAAUCGACAUCUUUCGUCCACGGGGAGGGUGAACGAAACGAAAACUUCGAAAAGUAGAAAAACGUGGUACUCUCGUUAGGUAAAUUGUUAAUGCGAGCGAUCACCGAUGACAUCCACACGAAUAGAUACGUAUUCGCUAGGUGGUCUGAAUGGAAAUUAGAGAAACGGUAUAAUCACCGAAAGAAUUCUUCAUCGACGAAGAUCAUUCGAUUCGAAGGGAUUCGGAGGGAAGCCACGAUGAACGACGAUAGGAAAAGAACAACAGACGCAUAGGCUUUUAAGGAAUUUCGAGGAUACGGAUCGACUGUGUAGGCGCGCGCUUGCUCUCGACUCUCGGUUUCUGUCUUUUACCGAAGUGCUGAAUAUUUUCUUACGCGCGACGAUUAACGCCGACAUUUUGAUACGAACCGCAAAUUUUCUACCGCAUAGAGAAAGAGAAGCAGCGACAAAGGGCGGCAAUUCGUAGCGAUUUUCUUCGCGAGGAAAACGUGCAUUCGACUCGCUCGCGAUACUCCUCUAUUCCAACAAUUUUUCUUACUUUUUCACCCGUGACUACGCAACAAAGCGAACGUUUCGUUUCCUUACCGACUUUUCUACGUACUCGCCACCUACGGAUCUCGAUCGUGCCCGUUUUCCUCACGAAGGCGAAGAAAAGAGAAACUAACAGAAACGUAGCGAAGAUUAGAUAAGGUCCUGUCAUCGUUCUCAAACGGAAUUUAGAAAUUUCGCUUCGAAUAGCAUGCAAUCGCAAAGUUUACUCGUAAUUUAUCGUCGGAGAUUUCGAACGAAUUUUUAAGGCUCUCAUCGGUCGUUCCCGACGACGACGUUAGCGAUUUUUCAAGGAGUCCUCUGGUUUGCAAGGAUCGCGCAUCGCAUCGUUCAACAGGAACGGGAGUUUUUCCGCGAUCGUUUCGAUCUUCGUGCGAGCAAUCACACAAAAAAAAAAAAAAGAAAAAUAAAGAGAAAAGAACGCCAGUCCCUCCUCUUUUGACUAAUUUUUUCGCAGGUUUAUCCGCUGGAGCGUCGUGCGCGCGACUAUCGAGGUAUCUUCUCGUAUUUUCGAUUAGAGAAUUCCGUUCGACAGGAGAUCCUUGACUAGAUAAACACGUUGAAAAAGUGGCGAUUUCGUUGUUUCGCUAGUUGAUAGUAGCUGAGCAGACGGUUGGACCAAGACGAAGUCGAGGAAGACGGAUCCGAUGCGGUACGAUAUUCGGCGAAGGGAACACGCGUAGAAACGGAUCACGCGAGACGAAACGGUUUACGUUCGGUGCGUAGUUUCGCGGGUCACGAUUUUUCCGUCUUUCUCGAGUGCCGAGAAGGAUUGUUACAGUUGGUCGUAAAAAAGGACAAAGACAAAGGAAAGCGAAAGCAUAAAUCCACGCACUCAUCUCACGACUCUCUUUAAAGUAAAGUAACGACUGAAAGACUCUAGGCUGUACAUAAAGUAUAAGGCAUGUAUGUUCGGUGUUUAAAAAAAAAAAAAAUGCAAAAAUUCCUUAUUAACGCAAAAAAAAUUAUACCUUACUCGAAAAAAAAGUAAAUCGUGUAAGCAAGGCUACUCUCUCGGUGUUUUUUGGAACUAAACUUAAAAUUUACCCUAAACUUAAAGAAACAAGAACCGUGAACUAAGAGGUUACUUCUAAAGGCGAAGAAAAGGGGCGAAAGCGCACCCACGCAGAGAAGCGCGUCGGAAACAUAAAAAAAAAAAAAAACAAGUUAUUGAGUGUAAACGUUAAGGUCUCCUUAGGGUUAAAGAAAUACUAAAAAAAAAAAAAAAUAAUAAUGAAUCAAGCUGAACAGCAGAAAAACACAAGCGAAAAGCAAGCACUAAUCAUGAUUGUGUGUAAACGUAAAUUUAAACUUUCCUUCUACCUUGUGUCCACUGAAUCACCCCUUUCUAAUCGUACACCAACCGAUCACCCGCUUCGCGUCAAAAUGUAAAAAUCGUUCGGUGUGAUCUUAACUACUCGAUACCUCGAAAGAAACAAAACAAAAAAUACCUUUUUCUAAACUAUCACCAGGCACUACACCCAAAAGUUGAGGAAUGAUAUUUCUUACACUCGUUCCGACCACCGCCCCCCCCCCCACCCCGCCCUCCCCCCCUCCCCCAUGCCCAAAAAAAAAAAAAAAAAAAAACUUUACUCACCAGCCCCUUGUAAUCGAGCCCCCUACCCGACUCACCCACACACGCCCGAAAUAAACAAAUUCCCGAUAUACCCUUUACGAAAGAUUUAUCGUUAGAUGUGAAAAAUGAAUAUUUAUCGUGCGGAUGAUUGUAAAACGUGCGUACACUAUGAUUGUCGUUAUUUCAAUUACGGUUACGAAGGUAUACGUCGCGACGUUCUGAUUCGCGUUCACCGAGUCAGGCGUCCGCUCCCGUCGUCGUCGCCAAAUCGACCUUCUCGUCUUCGACGAUCUCAUCGAUUCGCCUGAAUUCGUCGCGAUACAUUCGGGCUAAUUUUCGGGAAGAGCAGCCAACAAAUUUAUUCUACUUUCGACUCGUCGACUCAACGCACAAGGAUUUUUCGUGAAAUUUUGCGUCACGCGGUAAUCAAAACUGGCCCCAACCGAUAGAGGUGGACAAAAUUAUUAUCCAGAUACACGCUUUUAUCAACAUCGUAGCAAAUGAUAACAUCCUUCAGCUUGCACUAAUCGCAUGCCAUCCGAAAUCAAAAGUAACAUCGACAGGCAUCGAACGAAAACAUACAGUCAGUCCCAUAAGUAUUCGUACCCUCUAUCAUUUUUCAAGAAAUUUCUCUGAAUUAAAUAACAAAUUUGAUGUUUCCAAAUAAACGUUUCGUUUUUCUAAAUAUAUACAGGAAUAAACUUUACGCUUGUAUGUAUCCUAUGACGAAAAAUUUAUUUGAAAACAUCAAAUCUACUGUUUAAUUUAGACAAAUGUCUGUGACAAACAUAGAGGGUACGAUUACUUAUGGGACCGACUGCAGAUCGACGAACGCGAUUUUUCUCGGUUUGAGAACGUUCGUGUAUUUAUCGAUUUUCUUCGUCGUUUAUUGGUCGAAUGAAAUUUUGCCCAUCUCUGGGUAUCGGUGGAUCGACAGAAGAGACCAAGAGUUUUCGGAUUCGGACGACGACGGGCGUCGACUCCUGCAGAAAUUCGAUUCGCUGAGCCACGAGUCGAUCGCGACAAUUUCGGGAGGAUCGACCCAAACGGCGUAAUUAACGAGGCUGCCGCCGUGUAACGAUUUCCCAGUGACACAGUCGCGUCAACGUGUCUGCCGCAGCGAUUCUUCGCGUUAACGAACACGGAAUAUGUUACGUUUCCGGUUCACGAACGGUUCUCCGUGGUUUGUUUCGCCCCGUGGGGCAUGCCCGACCGGGGAACGAGCAUGGAGAGGAUACGGCAAAAAAGAAAAAAAAAAAAACAAAAUGAACAAAAAAACAAAGAGAAAACAAAGCGCGAAAAGGAACACGUUUUCUAGAAAGGUGGUUCUCUAUUUUUGCGGGGAAUAUUUAUGUAAGAAACGAUUGGAUAUAACGUUCUGUGAUUUUAAACAUUAUCGGCGAUCGGAAGAAACCUCUGUCCAUUGGUUGUCGUAGCUUGUUCUAGGAAAAUUCUCGAGAUCGAAAUUCGUUUUUUCAGAGAAACGUAGAGACUCGCGAGGGGGGGGGGAGGGAGGGAGGGAGGGAGAUAUUAGAGGAAGCGGAGAAGGACGAGACGCAUAGGCUAGGGCAGAUAUCGUUGCCAACGCGACUGUAGGAAGAGUGUCGAUUUUCGUUUUUCUUUUUCCCGGGGGAGACGGCGGGAUCGAGGGUCCGCGCGAAAUUGGAGGGUGCGUCGCGGAAAAAUUGAUAACGAAAAUUUGUCCCGGUCGAAACGCCGUUCUCUUUAAAGAUGCACGGAAAGUCGCUUGUAAAUCAGAGUUACGCGGACUUCCGGCCGUCUCCCUCUACGUCGCGGGCGAUACGCUGAAACGAUCCGGCGAGAGACGGAUUGGUCGAAAAAAAAAAAAAAAAUGAAAAAACCGGGGAGGAAAAGAAAUCUUUAAGAAUUAAAAGAAGAUAUAUUAUAUUAAAAUAUCUGUGAUGUAAAAAGUAACAAAAUUUUGAUGUAUAUUUUUCACAAAUUAUUGUAACCAGCUAGUGUAUAUGUAUAAGAUUACGGAUAUAAAAGAUGAAAAAAAAAAAAUACUAUUGUAAUUACGGUGUGUGGAGACAAAAUGACGAGUAAGAGAGAGCGAAUUGAAAGCCAACAAGCAAACAAAGGAAACAAAUACGGGAGAAUAGCGAUGAUCGCGAGAAUUACGUUUAUCCACACCGGUGGUCAGAUGGGACCAAGAUGGCGGGUAUCGCUCGGAAAGUCGGGCCCAAUGAUUCCCGUUUUUCUAUUCUUUUCGGUUCUUAUUUGCAUUUCUUUCGUCGUGUUUUAGCCAUGUCACGGUGAAAUUUAUCGUCGAUACCUCGUUCUCUGCUUUUGGAACGCGUCAGAGAUCAAAAAAUGUGUAAAACAUUCGACACGUGCCGAGUUUGUCGUAGAAUCCAUUUCGCGCUGAAUUCCUGAUAAUGCAAAAAUUACACGUUUGUUAUAUAUGUACGUAUAUUUUUUUUCUCUCUCCGUCUAUUCGUCUGUCUCGCGGCAUCGAACGACGACGAGAGUAUUUUCGGUCGCGUCGAGUUCUCAAAAACUGGAAGAUUUGGUCCGAUUGGCCCUGAAACGGCUCAAUGUCAGCUACCUCACAAAGUAUCGUUAUGUUUGGUACGGUUCGAGUAAAAGAGGACGUUCGCGUGUCUCGGCCGCGAGAGGAAAUUGGAUGGCCGUCCACUCGAUGGAACGUUUCUGGAAGCGUUUCCUAUCUUUUCCAAUUUCCACAAAGACGCUCUUCGGACGCUCUCGAAAGAUAUUCCUCAAGAAUACGUUUAAAGCGAAAAAGAAAAAAGAAAAAAAAGAAACUCCGGCUUCGGUUCGAAAUUUGUCCGAACUUUAAUUCGUCGACGGCCAACCGGGAUCUUCGAACGGCGAGCUCGCAAACUCCACGGGGGCGGGGGUAGGGGGUGGGCGGGGUCCGUGUAGAAAAUGGUCUAAACAGUUCCAAAUUGUGCCUAAGUUUUGACGUUACGUUUUUACGACUCGCAGCAAAACAAACGACGAAUGUAACUACCGUAGCAGCAAACAGGAACUUUAGUUCGAAGGUGGAGUUGUUCGAGGAACGGGAGGCGGAGAACAGAGGACGGGGAUGAAAACGAGUUGAACGACCUUUAAGCUAAAUUUAACAAAAAUAAAAAAAAAAAAAUAAAAAGUAUAUUACCUCCGUAUACGUUCCAGGGCCGUCCGGCCGCCAUCUUGCGUUCAUUUUUACGUUCUGUUUUGUCGAAUAAGUGCAAUUAGGUACACCGACACUAAACACUCACACCUGCUCACACAACGCGCUCACACGUACACGCGGGAACGGAACACACGUACAUUGAAUGACACGCGCCCACACACGAACAUUAAGCGUACACACAUUAACAAAACGUCGAGGAAAAACGGCGAAAACGAACUGUUACGCGCUAGGUUACCGUUUUUUAAAUUCUAUUUUCAAUUCACGCAUUCUCGAAUGUUGGGAUUUUCGUGAUCAACGAAGAGCUGGCCUGUCGUUCACAUAGAAUUACACGACGGACACACCGACACACACGUACAACUACAGAAGACACGUACACGCGUUACACGGGCACACACUACAGGAAAGCCGACGUCGAUUCGACGAUGUAAAACGACACACCGUUUCGACCAUUCUCGAACGUCCUCGCGUUUCUUCGAGAACACCGAGAUCUGGUUCAAACUUCGAUCGAUGUUCUCUUAGAACAAUCGAUCGUUCCCAACAAUCGAAAACAACGUCUGCGACGUGCAUUCCUUUCUUCCGAUAUCGAUCGAUACGAAAACUUACUCGGGAAUUAAUUACGAAAGAUUUGCAGUUGAAAAUUUCAACAAAAUUUGCUAUGGAAAUUGCAUUAUCGAAGACGAAACGACUGCAAUUGCAAAGUCGACCGAUUCGAUCGAGAUCUUGUGCAGUGGAAUGACGCGGUCGAUCGAGGGGUCGAAAAGAUGGGAAGCGAAUAGAGAAAUCACCGCCCUACCAACGUGGACACCGAGACGGUCUCCGCCGUGGUCGGUCGAGAACUUGGUACCUUUCUAAUUGGCUUUAAUAAGCUCGUAAUUCGUAGGCUCUAGUCAUGCAAUGACUCUAAAAGACGGAAAGCCGUCCUUCGUUCGGAGGGACGUGCUUUCGCGGACUCGUAUACGCGUACAAGUAUACGACGCGAGAACUUACCGAUUUGUGUUCAACGGGCGAACAGAAGCAAAGUCGUCGAGUCGAUUCGACGUCCGGCUCGACACCGAUAUAUAUACAUAUAUAUAUUAUAUAUAUAUAUAUAUAUAUAUAUAUAUAUAUAUUAUAUAUAUUAUAUAUAUUAUAUAUAUAUUGCGUAUACAGGGCGUAUUCUAACAUGCGGGACCCACUUCGUCGGUCGAUCGAGAGCGCGAAGACGAUGAAAAGAGUCCGUACGAUCGCGUGUCCUAUUUCUCCUUGUUCCCAAUUCACUCCACCAUGGAAAGUGGUCGCGUGGCAUCCUUGGAGAAACACAAAAAAUUCACCAUUCCGUGACAUUAUACGUAUCAACAGUCUUUUCGAUCCAAAGGUAACAGUUUCGAGCACUUUCGAUAAAAAUGAGCAGCCGCGCGACUCGGGAUAUAGGACACACGCCUAUACGAACUUUCCUCAUCGGUCUCGCGUCCCGUAUCCACCGAUAACGCGGUCCCACGCGUCACAAUACACCCUGUGUAUAUGUAUUACGAAACUUCUAACGCGUAGUCGCGUAACGAGCGGUCACGGACGACCGCGGGCGCUCGUUAGGCGCGAAAGGGUGCGGAAGAUAAAUAGAUAGGUAGAUAGAUAUACGACGAAGAAAUCGGAAGAUUUGAGCGCGAGAACGGCAACAAAGACGGGGAAGCCAGUGCUCGACCACGCCUCUGACCGGCCAGCCGAGUCGCGGACUCUCCUCGUAUUGCGACUGACAGCGAUUUCUUUGCAGAGCUCACGCGCGACGGCUGGGAAAACGAACGAGCCCCACGCGAAAAUCAUCCGUUCUUCGCUGCCACUCGAAAAGCCUUUUUUCAUUCUCGAGCACGUUGUAGCGACGCGGUUCGUUGUCUCGCGCAAGAAUUUCGUAAGAGACGGCUACGAUCGGUCGAUGAUCGGUAGAUCUUUCCAGAGGCUAUCGGAUUACUUGAUUGAACUUUUAUAAAAUAUUUUAUAUCGUUGCACGAUUCGCCGACAUCGGCCAAACCCUCGUCAGCCAUUGGUUCGUUGAUAAAUUGAACGCGACGCGAUCGUUCGUCCUGUGAGCUUUUAACCGCGAGAUUCGGUGGGAAAUGGAAACGGGGACGGGCAAAAUUCUCAUCCAAAUAUCCGAAUCUCCAACGAACCGAAAAUUAGAAUUCGAAUCGCAGAACGGUUGUCGCGUCUCGCGUAAAUAUCAUUCGAAUAAAAGGUUGCCCGUCUCCGGUGCACGCGCGAGUGUCAACGGGUGAAAACCAAGUUCGUCGAAGCAAAGGUGUAUUAUUCGUCCAUCAAAAGGUGAUGUAUUCUUUAAAGUACAAUUACUUCUUGUUCCAUACGCGAAUCGAAAUUACUUUCAUGUUCCUAUCUCGAGGUUUAAGGAAGCGAAACGUAUCGUCGGUCUUGUUUGCGGCUAGAGCGAUGCGUCCUCGUCGGUCGCGGAUCUCAUUUACGCGAUGCUCACAGGCCGGAUCAGAGGCGGCGGGCUUUAAUCGGCGCUGGCUAUGCCUAGACGUUUCGACUAGUAGGAGUUAGGUAAAAUGGCGCUGGUACUACGUAGCUAGCACCGGUAGUACUCGUAGUUUGGCGCUUUAGUUGUUUGUAUAUCAUGUUGUUUCGUUUCUUUUUCGUUUUUCUAUACUGUCGCUGUGUAAGCCCGGCCUCGCCGCACGCGAAACGCCGCCAAGGCGGGAAAUCGUCGUCCCCCGGAAUACCUCGAGGGAACGAGCCGCGAGAAAAAUCUGUUCCUCGAGGUCUAGCGCGACGAAAAGCAUCGAUCGUAUCACGGAGUAAUUAUCGUAAUUAGAAACAUUCGCGUCGCGUCGAAACGAUUGGUUAAAUCGGCUCGUUAACGGACCCUCGAACGACGGAACGACGGUGGUAGCUCGGUGCUUCAAUCAAACCUGUCUAUACCAAAAUCACUCUGGAACGCACGCACCGGAAAUUCAAGGUACGACCAACUAGUUACGGACCAAGUACGCUGAACUGCCGGUGAAUUUAAUCAAAAGACACGCGUCCCGGCGACGCGUUACGUAUACGAGAGACCUCUCUUCCGGGAAGCCCACCGUGCGUUCGCGUUCGCGUUCGCGUACGCGUUUUUCGUCCUACCUCGUUUUAUCCGGGCCCGAUUAUAUUCCGGCCUCGGGGGCCAAGGGGCGAGGCCAGGCGUGUUCCGAUACGCUGCAAAAAGUUUUUUAAACGAGUUUAAAGUAACCGAUCGCGAGCGAAAGAGGUAAAUUAAGGAAAUGAAAACAAGUAACUAAGUAAUCCGCAAACCGGAUAUCAUGUAAACUCCCCCAUACGCCCCCGCAUCCCUCCGCACCGACUAAUCCCAUCGGACAGAUAUAUCGUCAUCCAUCCACACGAGCAACAACCCCUCCGGACAACCUAUGGCAAACGCUCUUUGAAAAUUCACCCGCAUUUCUGACCACACACGCACACUCAGUGACACUAAGCCAAAUGAAUACCAGAAGUAUAACAGUACACGCAGUCAGCUUUCUACAUACAGCUACAACAUUAUUGCAGCCUCCCGAAACCAGUCGUGUCCUUACAGUUGAAGCGGAGCGCGUUCGCGACGGACGCUACUCGGGCUCGAUCAUCGCGAGAACGAAAGGAAAACCUUACCUCGACAUCCCUCGCGAGUCUAUUCGCUCCGAGCGAAAGACACGGGGGACCGAGACGCGGGAAUAGACGAAUCAUACGAUCGAUGAUACAAAUAUAGCGACUCGAGAGAAAUCGCAGGUGCCGGAACUUCGAGGCCCCGCGAGACCCUCUAACCUCAGUGGCGUCGCUUUGCAGCCCCCUCGAAAUUCGAAGAAAUCGCUAUACUUGUACGACAGCUCCUGGCGCGUCGACUCUCGCAACCCAAAGGUGACCCAGGGGUGAGAGAGGCUCCUCGACGUGGCCUGCGAGCGGUGUCCGCUACUUCUUCGCGACCGGUAACGUCGUCGAACGUCCGAGCGUGUUUCCGCGCGUACCCCGGGUUGCAUACUCACCCGGGGUCACCGAGUACAAUAUACACCCGGCAACAACACACAAGCAGCAACAAUAGACAUCUCUCUCUCUGUCCGAGCAGGGCGCACCGCGCGACCCUUGCCACGACAAGUACAGCUAACUAAAUCUCUACAUCUCACAUAAUCCAGCAGUGAUCAACGCGAAUGCAGAUGCCACGAAGAGCAAUGCAAACACAAAAAGGAUCGGCCGGUAGACCGCGCGACGUCUUCGCGGCGACAUCCCCUCGUCGGCGGUCCUGACUCACGAAGGGCUGGGGAGGAAUCGUCCGCUGCGAGACGAUCGCGAACGGGACCGGGCGAAUGUCCCCUCAAAUCAAAACCCGCAGUCAGCACAGAAUAUAAACGAUAAGUGCAGAGGAAACAAACUACUAUAUGAUAAACAAAAAAAAAAGGUAUAUAUAUAUAUAUAUACAUAUAUAUGUAUGUACACGUAUGUAUCCAUAUAUGUUAUAUAUAUAUAUAUUAUAUAUAUAUUAUUAAUUAUUAUUAAUUAUUAUUAUUAAACAUACAUAAAAGAAUAUUAUUAAUAACAAGCAAAGAAGUACUAUAUUACUACUAUUAUUAAUUAUUAUGAUUCUUAUUAUAAAUUUAAUGAAAACAAUGAUAACAUUCCAACCGUCAAUGUGCCACACGACUUUUUAUAUGCUCUUAAAAAAACAAAACAAAAAUAGAAAGGGAAACGCGAGGUUUUACGAUAAAAAUAAACACGCGUUGGUAAUCGGCGGGAAGCAGCGCGGAGGGGUAACAGUUCGAAUCGAGACUGUGGAAUAAAGGGGCCCCCAUCGGGCGAGCAUCUCGAAACGAGAGAUCAAAGAGAAAAUAAGGGAAAGGCUUAUAUAUAUAAUAAGGGAAAGGGAGAGCUUCGUCUGCGAUUUCCCUGAGAAUUAAUCCGGGAGCACUUUUACACGUUGGAAAAAGAAAGAAAGAAAAGUAUCGUUCCCUACGAGGAAAAUCAGUCCGGAACGUUGUCGACGUAGGACUUUUUGCUCGAAUGCUUCGUCCGCUCCACUUUCGAACGUCGUGGACUAUAAGAGCUGGACAUUCUUAACUGGGUAGAAAUUUUUAAUAAAAAUUACAAUCCGAAUCGCGAAACGUAAUUACGUUUCGCGUCGAACGAAGGGAAACUUUGGUCGAUAUCCGUUCGAUGGGAAACGAUAUUUUCGUUCGUUGUUCGUUAUUCGUGUAAAAUUUCAUCCACGACCGAGAAAAGGGAAGGAAAAAGAAAGAUCUCGAGAGAGAGUACUUCGUCGAUUACGUCUACGGGACGUGUCGUUUCCCCGGUGUCGGUGGUCGACGGAGAUCGAUCGCGAUAGGGGCGCACUUAAUUAUCAGAGAACGAUUCUUUCGUGUAAUUGCGACAAUUAUUGCGAUUAUAUGAUUAAUAGGGAGCGCAUCGGCGCGGUUUUUUUUUUUAGUACAUCCGCUAACGACGAAACACAUCGAUUUAGUUGCGCGUAUUAAUUGCUGUUGCGAUGGUCAUUAUUAUUAUUCAGAUUAUUACGAUUAAUAUUCUUUAUAUUCUUAACGGUUACAUUCUUUUUUUUUUCUAUUAUAGCUAUUAUUAUUACCAUUACUAUUGCUAUCGUCAUAAGCAUUAUUACUAUUAUUAAUAUUAUUAUUAUUACUAGAACUAUUACUGUUACAGGAGAGAGUGUCUGUGAACUCGACGGGCAUACGUUCGCGAGAGAUUAGAGGCAUGCGCGCGCGCGAACAUUGUUACGGAAAUUGUCUAUAGUUCGAAGUUACGUUGCUUCAGAUUUGGUUCGCGACACUUCACAAAAUCUACGCGAACGCGUAGGUAUUUCGGGCGAGCGCGUGUGCUUGCAUAGAUACUCGCGAACAUGAUCGUGCAUUUGUUAUAAUAGGUUAAUCGACAUAGUACUUAUCAUUAUCAUCGUCGCUAUCAUCGUCGUUGUCAUUAUCGCCGCGGAUCGUUAUCAUCGUUGUCGUUACGAUUAUCCGAUCAUCCUCGUCGUAAUAGCCGUCGUUAUCGUCAUUAUUAUUAUCGUUAUGCAAUCGUCGGGAUUAUCGAUUACUUUCAAUCGAGAUCAUUGAUUACUCGCGAACGACUGGUAUCUUAAAUACGUACGGUUCUAUCGUAGCAUGUUUUUUACUUCUCUUUUUUUUUUUUUUUCUUAAAGUAACGCUUUAAUAAAUAAACGAGACCAACCCAAGUGCAAUUCGUAGUCUUUUGUGUCUUGUUGCUUUGUCCGUAGAUUUCACCCCCGGUUUUUCUCGUUCCCACGAGGCACAAACGCCCUUCCAUUCGUCGUUAGUUUCCUUCGCGAUCGUUAAGAUUUCGACUUUCUUCUUUUCCCGCGACGCGUUCUUCGUUCAGAGUACUUACUCCUCUCGAGAAGCAGAGAGGAGCGCUUGCACGCGCACAGAAAGGGAAGCAUCGAACAGGGCCGGUAUCGAUCGCUGGAAGCUUUCGUAAUCGAUUACAUUUUUCUCCGAGUCAUUCCCCGUAUCCUCGCGGUUCGGAUUUCCAUAGUUUUUCUUUCUUUUUUUUUUUUAUGAAAGAUACGAAUCGAGUCCUGUUCGAAAAUGACAAAUGAAAAUACGAAAAAAAUAAUGUUCAAUCGGUACUUUCGUCAUUCCACGAUCAUUCCGCAGCAUUUAUACUCUCGAUAUCUUCUUCUGUUUCUCUUUAGGUAGGUUUUAUUCGUAAUUUAUUAUUCGAAUAAAAUUAUGGCUAUCUCCGCGACAGAGUUAUCGAGGAUAGAUCGUCGCGCUGAUUUUUGCGGUGCUCCUGGGGAAGAUUUUAGGCGCGCGAAGCGUAAUCUCCCGUUUUCCCUUAUUUUCUCUUCGUUUCGCUGGAGCAUCGAUGUUUGUUUGCGUUUACCAUUCGCGAGUGAACACAGUCGUGUCGCAGAAUUGCCAGAGAGGUGGAGCGUGAGGAAACGUUCCGUUCACAUUCCGAGACGAUCAUUCGUUCCGUCGUUUUUCCCGUAUCGUCAGGGGGAGGCGAGCGUUUCCGCGCUGCUUUCGCCACGGCGAAGGCGCGAGACCACCGUUAAUUAACCGUAAAAACCUAAUUUGGGCAUAAAUCGCGCAAACACCGACGCGGUGUUUGCCGAGCGUCAGGUUAGAAAUCGACCUUGUACAUACCGCGUAGACGUAUGCAUCACUUUCUGUAAACUGAAACACAAGUACACACAUACACACACACGCAUACACAUGGACAGACAGACACAAGCCAUUACAAUGCUGCGAUUAUGACACGAUUACUAUAGCCCUACCUACCGUAAUGCUGUUUUCCCUUCUUCGAGUUUUCAACGGUACGCAACCCUUCAGCGAAGACAGAGUUGGGCACCAUUCGAAUAAAGUUUCGUUCUAAACAGACUUUAUUCCUCGUUCGAAAUGAAAUUUACCUAACUCUGAGCAGAGACGGGCGAAAUUUUUGCGCGGAUACAAAUUUCGAGUAACGAAUAAAAGAUAUGUAAUCGACUAUCGAGAAAGAAUUUGAAUUGAAAUUAGCGGAAUAAAUCGCUACGCGUUUGAUUUUAAUUAUCGUCCAGUAUCCGAGUAACAUUUCGUUCGUCUCUGCCCACUAGGAACCCGUGGAAUCGCGACGCGAUCGUUCGGAACGGAAUCCUUCGUCGAACAGACUCGAAUCACUCGAACAGAAAACGAAAGAAAUUCGUACAACGCGCGUAGGGCUCUAGACUUUACGCGAUCCGUCAGCCCCCCCCCCCCCCAAAAAAAAAAAAAAAGUUCCCUCAUCUCAAAACACUCGUCGAACACUCGUCUAAUCGCAACAGAGAGCCAGUCUUAUUAUCUUGUAAAGUAAACGAAGCAACGCGUUAUAGGAACCGUGGACGCUUUCGCCCGGCGAAAGCUUAUUUCUUAGGUAGCCCCGCGUAUAGAGACGCUAUAAGUUUCCAAAUGUAUCGUAUCGUAUUUUAUCGUACGGUGUAUUUCCGACGCGCGGAUCGAUCGUUUACGCGACGAUCGAUCGUCGACACCCCUCGUAAACGCAGCCAAUAUUCAGUUUUAUAGAUCUCUAACUCCUUUUUUCAUCAUCUUGUCCAUUUUCUCGUAAAAUCGCUCGUCAAGUACAAUGAAAAUGUAAAUCACGUAAACGUUUUCUGCACGCGUUACAAGGGUAAAGCAACCUUCGUACCUUGACGAUCGAACCCGAGUCCGGUCGGAGCUCUAUUCUCAUUCUACCCUUGUUCACAUCAUCUCCCUAGUACAAUAGUCCCUCGAUAUAAGGACGGACAUCUCCCUCGAUAUAACGACACGCGGUGCUUUCUCUCCUCGUACCUUCAAGGGAAAAAUUAAUACCCCCAGUUUUCUGUUAUCAUUAUCAAUUUCAGUACAUUUUUGCCGAGUCUCACUCGACAUGGGUGCGCAAAGGGUUAAAAACGAUUCGUCCAUGAAACUUUCGCAAGGACAUCCUGAAAAAUGUUAAUUUCCGCCCUCCUCCUCGAUAUAAGAACACGAGGUUACUUCGCCAGCGUCGUUAUAUCGAGGAAUUGGUCCUUCUCUCUCUCUUAGUUUCAGCCCUGUUUCGUUAAGCGGCAUAUCUCACGUAGAGUUAAGAGACCGUUGUAUGGACGGAGGCGCGCCAAAGGUCCGGCAUUUCCUAAUUUCUCCGCCGUAAUUUCGCUCUAGCGAGCAAGCGGUAGAUUCUGCAAGCGUGCAACCAUGCAUUCCCGAUUACCGAAGCGCUACGGUUAGGUAUACGUUGAAAUCUGGACCCCACGUCGCCCCUCGUCUCUUUAGACGUAACACUUUCUCGUAAGCUCGAGCAGAAAGAUCGUACGUACAGCUGACAUAAUAUACACAAACUUACACACACACGCGCGCGCGCGCGCACACACACACAUACGUACGACUGACGACACAAGUAUACCCGAAGUACACUGCGACGAAAGGAAAGGUACACGACGCUGAUACGCAUCCACGUAACUCUCGCGUACACGCAUAGGAAACAAGCAACACACGCGUUCAUACACACAUACACACAUACACGCGCGCGCGCGCGCACCCGCAGGCGCGCGCGCCAGCGCGCGUAUAUACGUUUCGUAACGAAGUAUACAGUCUUAGCGCAGUGUUUCAUAUAGUUAGGUAGGAAACGUCAAGAGAAUAUUUUUUAUAUUCCACAUGGAUUUUACAGUUAUAUAUUAUCGUUUCGUAUCGAAAGGGAGGAGUUUGAGGCGCGUCCAAAGCGUUACAUAGAUAUAUAUAUAAAUACGAGACCUCUCGAUAUACGUGUCGCCAUUUAUUGUUUACACCGCGAUGAUUAUAUAUCGAUUAUCGGUCAUUCUUAUGGCGGUAGGCGCUGUCGUUUAUAUAUAUAUACAUAUAAAUAUAUCUAUCUAUCUAUCUAUAUAUAUAUAUAUAUAUAUAUAGAUAUAUAUAUAGAUAAAUAUCUAAGCGACGCGUGCGCGCGCGCGUCGCUUAUAUUAUCUCGUUGACGAUUAAUUAAUCUCUCGCGAAGCCGCUCGAGCCAAUCAGCCGUCGGCGUCGCGUUCGAUCGAAACUCGGGGGGGCCCUUUGAGUUCGUCCACGGUAGCCCUACGUCCAAGUGCAAGAGAGAACACCGGCCCUUUUUUCCCCCCUUUAAUCGGAUAGCGAUUCUUCUUCUCACUUUCUUCUCUUCGGCCGGGGGGAACUUGCACCAUCUUCUUUCGUUUACGAAGGCUUUUCCUUUAUCACCCGUUUCACUAAAGACGAGGCGGGGGAGCACGUUGGAGGAACACAGCGGGAUCGAUCACGAGACGGCAUACACAAAACCGUACCUCUUACAAACACACUUAGACACACACUUAGACACACACACACACAAAGUACACACGAUUGACGCGUACGCGUCACCGACAGACGGUGAAAAAGAUGUACGGAAACGACGCUACCGUGUACAUUCUAGACCAACGUAGUUGCAUGCGAAAUAUAUGUAUAGGGUGAUUACGAAUUGCCUGGCCAAACAGUGGGAGCAUAUAUCCAGCGUGAAAGUUACUUUCCGAAUUACCUUAAAAAUUUCAUCGAUAAAGGAGACGGAGUUCGUAGCCUAGAAAAUACGCCCCAAAGUUUGGUCACCUGUUGUACGAUCAUCCUGUUGUAUCGAUACGUUUCGAUCGGGCAACGAACGGACGUAACGCAGGUACCGUUCGCGCCUGGGGAAAUUGCCCCUGAACGAACGAGGUCCGCCUCGACCUCGGGGACAAAGUCUCCUCGCGCGACUAUUACGAAUCGUACACAAGCGAAAGAGCUACACACUCGAGACGCGGGAUACACGAGAAUUGUACAGAAUAUUCAUCGAGUUGGCGUACGUAAUCGUAGCGCGAUUAGGAAUAUCGUUUUAAAUCAAUUGUAAUUAGUAAACGUUACUUUUGUUGAUCGCUUGAUUUGCGGAUCCAGCGGGCGAGGAACACUCCGAUCGACGACUGCUCGCUCGAGUCGGAGGGAACACGGUUUCUCGGAACCGUGAUCCAUCGACCAACGAUCGACGCUCGUCCGAUGGAUCGAGAACGCGUAACUCGGGAUGGUCACGCGCACCAAUGAAACCAGCCCGGCCGAUAAUUGUUAAUCGGUCGCCCGACACCCGCUGGAAAUUUACCGAUAAUACUUCAGGCCUGAUGGAAACACGAUUCGAUUUCGGCACAGUCACCGACCGAACAUCUCUCGUGGUUACAUCCAUCGAUGCGUCGCCCAUUUUUUGUUCUUUUUUUUUUCUAAAUCUCGUCGAACGGGUUAUAUCUACUCCAAAACGCUAAACGCUGUUAUCCGAAUUGUUUAACCAAUGAAAAUACGUCGCUACGCGGAGAUUCGGGGAACAUCGACUAGGGAUUCAACGACAAUCGUUUGAAAUAACGUUAAAUAGAAUUUCCAGUGGGCUCAAAGAGACUUUGGUGCGCGCGUCCUCGAGAACAAUGGCUGUAAACGCGACGAACGGUCGAAGUCGAAGCUUAAACGAGAAAGAAAAGACAUAUGUACCAUGGGCAUUCUUUUGAGUCGCGUUCCAGCGGAUCGCGAAUGGACGAGAGUGGCGAGUGACGAACAAAUCGCGAGUACGUGGUUCGCAGCUUUGAAACAUGUGAUACGUCAGCCGGCAAGCUCGACUUCCGGUUACUGGAAUCCAACCGAACGAAAUCGUUUCUUUUUUUUUUUUCUCGAGCGACUCGACGAAGAUGGAAGACUGGAAGACACGCGAGGCGAGCACCGCCGGAAGUCGAUUCGCGGGCUGACGCAUUUUUUAAAGAUUCUUUGAUGUAGGACGGUCUUUUGUUGAAGGUUGAUUGUUGUCAAAAUGGUUGUGAGGUUAUAAUAUUUGAAGAUAUGUUAACGAUGCUACCCGACCGUUCGAUAGGCCGAUCGACGUGGCUUCCAAGAACAGAUAAAUCGUUUUGUUUCACCGCGGGGUGAACGACCAACGACGAUCGAACAAAGAUUUCUUCGCGUUCCGCGAAGCCACGUGGACUGUCACGAAGAGUCGCGAACGUCGAGACGAAAGGGAAAACGUGCGCUCUGAUUCGACAUUUUUUUUUUUUCUCGGAGAUGGGCAAAUCUGGAUCGAGAAAUAUAAAAUGCACGGCUUUUCGUUCGUUACACGACGAAUGAAAAUUACAAUCCGAAUUACAGAAUGAAAUCAUACUCGAAUAUUCCAAAUGAAUAAGAACUAGGCGCAACAUUUUGCCUAUCCCUGCUAUAGUGCAACUCUCCGCGGGCGAACAUUACGCUUACCUUACUUUGUAAAUCAUGUACAUUCCGUUUAAACGUGUCGGCGAUGCGUAACGUCUUGCAUCUGCUAGCAAGUGGAGCGUGCGAGCGACUACAGUUAAUUGUGACGCGUACGUUUCGAAGAAUCCAACGAAAUUCGUAUUUCGUUCGUCGUCGAAGCGCACGAUUUCCCCCAAAAUAGCGGGAUUCGUCUCCGAGGAAGCGUACAACUGGCAUUACACCCACGUGCAGUCUGGUUCGAGUGCGUCGAGUUUGCUGCAAGUCAACUGCGCCUUUUCCUAUCGAUUUCCGAACAGUGCACCCCCUCUCUCUCUCUCUCUCGCUCUCGCUCUCUCGAAAGAAUAAAAGCCCGAAAUAGCGAUUGAAGCGCGAACUAAACAAGUAUCGCAGAGGUGGGGCGAAAGAAAUAAAUUCAUACAAAUUAGGAGACGACGCUUAAUCGUCGCUCUUUCGAUAGAAAUGAUAAUUUAACGAACACUCGUUGCGCGUUAUUGGAAUAAAAGAGGCAAGGGAAGAGAGAAGGUGCGGUGGACUCGCGAGCAACGUUGGUGACCAGGCUAAAUCGAAAACUAUGCGACUGAUAGAAAGCAGUAUUCGUGCGAGAAAUUGUUAAGUAAAAUUCGCGUAAUCUAGCCUUAAUGAGAAAGAUCAAAUUAGGUUUAAUUGCGGCGGUACCGCGUGGAAAUUAUCUCGAUUGGCUGUAAAAUGUUGUCGUGGAAGAUUAAGGGCCGCAAUGGCGACGUGGCCAGACGCGUUCCUCUUCGCACGGUGAUGUAUCUAGUGAGAGUAAUGUUAUUAGGUAACUUAAGCGUACGUACUAUAAAGGAGCAUAACGAAAUGCCAGUUGUAAAAAGUUUUUUUUUUUUUUUCAUUUUUUCGUUCUGGGAUGUAACAGAGAGAACCGAAUGGGAACACGUCCCAUUGAUCGCCGAGAAACUGAGGAACCGAGCGAGUCGUUGGAUACCAGGGCGCGAAGGAAAUUAAGAAAACUUAUGGAAAUUACGUUUCGGAGGAAAGAAAAACGAAGCCGCGAUAGAAGCGUGAAGUUUCAAAACACGGCCGCGCGCAUCGCUUUUGAUCGCGAAAUGUUGUUGAUACCCCAAGAUCGAGUUUUCCUUUCUGUUCUUUUCGUUUUUCCUUCGUUCGUUUAUUUCACCACGGGACACGAUACGCCGUGAACGACGAUACAAUUGUAAAGAAUAUAGUAGCGAUAAAGGAACGAGCAGAAGGCGAUUUUAUAAUGGGCGAACGGAACAUUUUCAUGUGUAUACGCGAUUACAAAUUUUUUCGAGAAACGACAGCUUUACCGAUAGUUAAACCAAUAGUUUUUCGCAAAACACGUGAGCACACGUAACGAAACACCUACACUUGUACAAGGACAACACACACACACACACACACACACACACACACACACACACACACACAUCCACACACGAUACACACGCAUAUACAUAUAAAGCGAUCCAUGCGACGACAAAACAAACAAAAAAAAUAAUGUUGUAUGAAUAUAACGUUUGCAGUUAGGUGGGACCAAAAACGACUUUAUAUCUCUAUGUGCAUAUCCAAGCAACGUGUAAUUUAAUUAAUGAAUUAAUUAAUUAUCCAUUAUUAAUGACUAGGUAAAGAAAAAAGAUCCAUUGAUAGCGAUCGAGGACGAUGACGAAUCAUUAACCAAUAAUUAGAUUAUUAAGUUUGUUUAUUGAUGCAUUAUUCUAUGAUAUAAUUAUUAUUAUUAUUAUUAACUUUAUUGCCUUUAUUAUUAUUUUAUUACAUUGAUUAAUGCCGAUGAUAAUAUUAUUAUUAUUUAAACAACGUUUUAAGACAUGAUUAUUUAGAUAUCGAAUAGAACAGUACGUAUCAUUAAUUAUUAAUUAUUUUUAAUUAUUAUUAUUAUUAUUAUUAUUAUUAUUAUUAUUAUGAGAUAUUUUGUUGUAUUAUUUUCAAUAAAAUCGAUUGAAAAUAUUU